CGGCCCCAGCGAUGCUGGCCUGGUGGCCCGGCGUGGCAGAGAGGGCAGCGGGGAGGCGCCGGCCCUGGAGAUGGCCGUGAACUCCAUCUACUACUCGAGAGAUGAAGUGAAUGCCUUCUGGGUGACGGUGCAACGGACUGAGGCCGCGGAGCGAUGCGAGCUGCGCGGCGCCUACGUGCUCAAGGCUGAGCGUGACAGCCUCGUCCUGAAGGACCCACGGACAAAUGAGAUCCUCUAUGUCUGGCCCUACCGGCUGCUCCGGAGAUACGGCCGGGACAAGGUGAUGUUCUCCUUUGAAGCUGGCAGGCGCUGCGACUCCGGCCCAGGGAACUUCACCUUUGAGACCAAGCAGGGCAACGAGAUCUUCCGCCUGGUGGAAGCCUCCAUCCGGGAGCAGAAAGCACAGGUGGAGGAGAACCGGCAAAGCUGUGACUCGCUGGAUUCGGACAGCCCCAGCAUGGUGCUGAUCCGCCAGGCCCUGGCUGACUCCCUGAGCCUGGAGCUGCCUGCGGAAGGGGAUGACACCCUGGCACCCAAAGCAGGGCUGGCGCCCAGGCCCAGUGCAGCGGCAGAGGAGAGAGAUGCCACGUCUCUGCUGAAAACCCGGACUCUGCCAGAGCUGCCUGUGCCACAGGCCAAGCCCGCGGUCCCGAGCACACCCCCACGCUCCCCUCUGCCAAAGGUGCCCUGCGCCGUGCUGCCAGCCGAGGACCCGUCUAGUGUGUACUCAGAGCCCCUGGACUCAGUGAAGGGCUUCCGGCCCUGGUUGGACCCACUAUACUCGGACCCCAUAGACAGCAAGCCCACGAGCGGGGCCAAGGCACCCAGCGGUGCCUUGGAUGAGACGAAGCUCCGGUUGCCGGUGCUGCUGUACUCAGGCAUGUAUGAGCAGGUCCGGGCUGAGGGAUGCAGCCAGGCCCCCACGGUGCCUGGGCAGAGGGAACACAUCUACGACGAGCCCGAGGGUCGUGCUCCCCGCUCGCUGCCCCCCCCCACCUGCAUCUAUGAUGAAGCGCGGCCCACGGGCGAGGCCUGGCGCACCCAGGGCCAUGACGGCAGGGGUGGCUAUGAGUAUCCCUACAACCCCAGCACUGAUGACUACUCGGUACCUGCCUUCCAGGCCAAGGCCAAGGGCCCCAAGCCUGUGCCUGCCCCCAAGCCCCAGGCAGCCUUUAUCCCUAAAGGUGCUGAGAAGAGUGGGGACCCUGGCAGGCGGCGGGGGAACACUGCCCCUGAGAAGGCGGUCAUCAAACCCAGCCUCAACAGCAGCAACAACAACAAUGUGGAGGUGCUGUACAGCCAGGUGGUGAAGCCCCAGCACGUGCAGAAGAAGGAGCAGUCUGUGGAUGAGUGCAGCUUGUCGCCUGUCUACGAGGACUUAGGAGAGAUAUAGUGUGCUGCUGCUCCAUACCUGCCUGGGAGGGACUGGGGGGCCCAGGCCCAUUUGUGAGCGGUGCUGGCUGCUGUCCUCCACGGGUCCUGAGGGUGGCUUGGGGCUGGGGACUGUUCUGGGUCGGGCAGAGCCCUGCUUGCUCACCAGCGCUGAGGGGUUGCAUUUUCCUGGGGGCCCUUUCCACAGCAAGAGCAAGAGAGCUGUGGCUGGUGCAGGUGCCGGCGAGCUUCUCUGGCUCUGGAGCUGGCUCCACUGCCACCUCCUGAUCACAGGAGGGCUGGCUGU